AUGGGGAGAGUCAUGCUGUGGGAGGCGAUGGCUGCGAGCGAUGGUGCCAGAUACAUACGGUGGAGCUUGAUUUACAAAGUCUUCUGCUCGAUGGAACUCCGAAGUAUCGUCCUCAUACUACCAAGGUCCGCCGAUCAGAUUGAAAUCAGAUCUCGGGAUGGUAGUUGUAGGAUACGAUACCAGGGUCAUCCCGGUUCCGGGCUGCUGAGCUCGGCUUUUCAGAUGUCGAAGUCGUACGGCGAUCCAGAGUCCAAGGGAUCGAUCCAGUCCAUAUUCCAGCUUCGCAUCGAGGCUCUCAUCGAGAAGCAGACAAGAGAGACAGGACGGAACUUGAAGGUGUUGAGGGAUCUGCACCUCCGCCAAUUGAGAUUGAGAUUCCUGAAACUUCGACUUGAUGAGCGCCUUGGUUCUGUCGUCAGAAAUCACCACGGCUGUUUGAGCGACUUCGUCGAGAUUCUUUCCUUGGGAUACGUUCCAUUUGUCAUGAAUGAGGCAAUACUACAGCAUAUGAUUAGGUCUCCGGUUGUUACGGUUCGACAUGUGCUUACUCAUCCCAAGUUCUUGGCACUGCAUGCAUGUAGCUGUAGUACAGUCGUAAAGCGCUUCUUUUUUAGUGAGCGCGACAUUGAGAUCGAGAUCGGCUGGAAGAGUUGCGGCAUCUUCGUAUUCUGGGCCCGAGAUCUUCCAAUGCCCACACCAAUGCGAUUCAUCUGCAGAAGGAUCGAGGGGAUACGUAGUUCUACAGUUCACGAGCGUCGCACUAACUGUCAGCCGUUCAGCCGUGACAUGCUCUUCCUUGGCUGGAGGCCACCACGACGAUGUCCAGUCGAGUUACUCCUGAAGGUUCAAGUUCCAGGAGUCAGUGUCGUCCAGAAUGCCAAAUUCUGUUUUGGACUGCUGAACCCAGAACUAUGCAGCAUAACACGACCAAUGCAGCUACCCACCAUGCAUUUCUUCAUUGCAAUUCUGUCCACACUGCUGGCUCUGGUUACUGCGCUUCCAGUACAUGAAGACACUUCCGGACUGAAUUGCGAUCAUGGAGCAUGCGUCCCAGAUGUAAACACGGCAGAAUGUCAAUCGCGAAGCGUUACAAGUAGCUGGGAAGAGUUUUCUAUCAUGAUCGGCGUCGUGUACAACCAUGGCGUUGGCUGCAACGCUGUCUUCCAGACCAUCGCCAGCAAGAUCGGGAAGCCAGAAACGAAUCUUUGCCAGGAAACCCUCUGCGACUGGACAUGCUCGAUGAUUGCCGGGCACGAUAUGCCAAGUGAGACUCAGCCUAGAGGAGGGCCUACGUAUGAUGCAGGAACGAGCCUUAAAUUCUAUGCGCCUCACGGCCGGAAUGGUACGUCGCUGCGUAAUAAGUCAGGCGCUUCAGACUGCGUAUCCAAUGGUGGACAAGUUCGACUGCUGAGACUUGCGCGGGACGCAAGGGAAAAUCCAGGAAGUUACACGCCAUACAGCUUUCCCACUGCUGCGUUAGUGUUCUCGUCUCCUCGCCGCUUGUUGUGGCUUCAUUGUCCUUCACAAUCAUAUCUGCUUUUUAAUGGCUUCCAGUUGCUUCUCAAAGCCAAACGCUCCUUACGAUGUUGUUCCGCUACAGACGCGGUUUUAUAUGGCGAAUCCAUGGUCCGAACCAUGAAGAAAUGCUUUCAGGGGCCAGAUCAUCAGAAAUGCCUUCACGGGCCAUCGGGGGACAGGAUGAGCGGCGAGAGCGUAGCUGUACUUAGACCGAGCAUACAGAUUGAGGUCUUCUGGUAUCAGAUAUCCACAGUGUGUCCAUUUUGGCGAGGGCGCUACUUGAAUCGUUGCGUCGUGUUGUCGUGGCCGAUGGCAUACCAGCUCGAGCCCUCCCUUGACGUCUGCCCGCAUCAAGCGCGCGGUAAGCCGACCGCGACAAAGUUCAUGCUCAGUCGACGCAGGCUUCUCAUGCCCAUCAUGCUAUUCCGAUGGCCUGAGGCGGCGGUAAAUGAGCGGCCACGUAUUCUGCCACGACACAUGACCCGGCACAAAUGGGCAGAAGUUUGA